UAUCUUUUAUACAAACCCCAUUUCCCUCUCAAAUCCCACUUCUCCUCCACAUCUCACCAAACAAUCAACAUCUACUCAAUCUAAGCAAUCAUGCCUUCAUCCAUCUUCUUCUUCGUGCAUUUGGCUCUGUUUUUAGGCAAUUCAGUCAAGGGGUCAGACGUUCCAUAUGUCAAAGACUCGCAUGAUUUUGAGAGAAUGGAGCUUGAUAGGGAGAAAGAAGAGUUAUUUCCUCGUAUACAUAGAACACUCAUUGAAUAUUUUCACUAUAAAUUAACCGAAUUUGACUCAAUUGAUCCUCCAACCACAGCCUUACCGUCAGCCCCAAUAACGAAUCCAGUGACUGCCCCAGCUGUGACUACCCCAGCUGUGACUACCCCUCCUGUUAAUUCUGCACCAGGGAUUGUGACGGUGCCAGGUGCUAAUCCUGUUACCAAUCCAAUAAAUACGCCUGUCACUAAUCCAGUUACAACCCCAAGUACAAAUCCAACACCAUCACCGCCAUCUGGAGGCAGCAUAAUGCCACCUCCGUCAACAUCAGGAGGCAGCAUAAUGCCACCUCCGUCAACAUCAGGAGGAGGAGGAGGAGGAGGUCGCUGGUGCAUAGCCAAGAAUGGAGCGUCGCAGGCAGCAGUGCAGUCGGCCCUUGAUUAUGCAUGUGGGAUUGGGGGGGCUGAUUGUUCGACGAUUCAGCAGGGUGCAAGCUGUUAUGAUCCACCAACACUUGAGAAUCAUGCUUCAUAUGCUUUUAACAGCUAUUACCAGAAGAACCCAGUCCCAACAAGUUGCGAUUUUGGAGGCGCUGCUGUUAUAACCACGAACAAUCCAAGCACAGGCUCUUGCGUCUUCCCAGCAUCAUCAUCAUCAUCGUCUUCUACUUCAACACCCACAUCACCAAUUACACAAGCACCUGUUAAUCCAACAUCUCUGCCUACGCCUAACACAUCAUCAUCAUCAUCAUCAUCAUCAUCAUCAUCUUCGGGGAUGCAAUCUCCUCCACCAGGGUUUAGCUUAGGAAACCCUGAUCCAACAGGCACAGGGCUGGGAAGUUUUGGGGCAAGCCCUCCAUUGAUGAACACAGCAUCUGUAUCCAACAAUCUGCCCCCUUUCAUUGCAAUAGUAGCAUCCAUCAUAACCAGCAAACUGAUGUAGGUUUCUUUCCUCAGCAACAGGAUUGACUUUCUUUUUGACAGGAGGAGUAGGGACUAUGAUGAUAUUUGAUAGUAUAAUGGUUGUUAUUUGGAUAUAUUUGUAUAAUAGAGAGGUUUUGCAGUCAUGUUAUACGUAAUUUAUGCGCUAUUCA